AUGGCACAAAGCGUCAAGGGCAAGACUGCCAUCGUCACUGGUUCCGGUAGUGGCAUCAACCUAUCUUUCGCCACGCUACUCCUUGACAAAGAGUGUAAUGUCGUCUUUGCUGAUCUCGCACUGCGACCGGAGGCCAAAGAAGUGAUCAAUAGUUACUCUGCGCCUGCUGCAGGUCGUGGGAGGGCUGUUUUUCAACAGACUGAUGUUCGCUACUGGGACCAGUUGGAGCGCAUGUUUUUGGUGGCCGAGCAGGAAUUCGGCGGUGUUGACAUUGUCUGCCCCGGCGCCGGUGUUUAUGAGCCGACUUGGAGCAGCUUCUGGUAUCCUCCCGAAACUUCUCAGAGCCGUGACUCUGUCAGAGACAGCCGCUACGCAAUUCUCGACAUCAACAUCAUUCACCCUAUCAGGACGAGCCAGAUUGCAAUCUCAAGGUUCCUCAACUCGGACCGCCCGGGCCCCAAGACUCUCGUUCUGAUUUCCAGUACGAGCGCGCAGGACACCAGUAUCGCUACUCCUCUAUAUGAUGCAUCCAAACACGCUAUCAGUGGCUUCGUCCGCUCGCUUAAAGAUAUUGAUACCGCCGGCAUCCGCAUCGUCGCCGUGGCGCCGGGUAUCAUCAAGACCCCCCUUUAUACCGAGAACCCGGACAAGCUUGCCAUGAUUAACUCCGCGUCGGACGUCUGGGUCGAGCCGCAGGAAGUCGCUGAGGUUAUGGUAGCAUUAAUUGAGCGUGAUACUAUGAGCUCGACAAUUGGCAACUACGACCCAGGCAGAUAUGACAUCACAAUAACGAGCGGCACCAUUCUUGAGGUCACAAAGGCGCGAGUCAGGGCCGUCACGGCAUACAACGACCCUGGCCCGUCUGGUCCUGGUGCGUUGGCUUCAAACAUGACCAUUUCUGAAGAUGCCGUUAAGGCUCUGCUUAAUAAAGGAUGGGGUCGGGCGGAGAUUGGAAGUUACGAUGUAUAG